GUAAUGACGCAGUAACAGUAACUUUGCCUAUGCGCUAGCAAAUACGACCGCAUGUAUUUUUGUAUGUUGAGAAGUAAAACUUGUUGUAUUUUGUAAAAAUUUUCUGUGUAUUUAAUUGUGCAAAUAUGUCGAGUCGUGGGGUUGACCAAUUGAUACCGUCAGUCACCCGGCAAAACCAACGAUGUAUCAAUUGUUCAUUUUUGAUACCCAGAAACCUACGUACACAUUCAUUAGAACAAGCGUCUACUCCAAUGAUUAACUUGUUACAGUCGUGGAUAACUCCUACUCAGUUGUCUUCAGAAUGCGUACUUUGUACAAAGUGUUAGACACUGCUUCAAGAUAGAGCAAACACAAUCAGUGAAGGAUUGCCUGCUUUUGGUCAUAGAAAAUUAUGUUUUUCUUGUGGCAAUUCUAUUCUACGUGCAACUAGAACAUAUCCUAUAAGACAAGAUCGACAAGAGAGAAACAUUUUAGUUAGACGUGUUCCGCUGCAUUUGAUCUCAAGAUUGGAAAGAGUAUGUGCUGCUUGCUGGAGAUCAGCUGUAAGAGAAGUGCAACGUCAUGAUCAGCACGACUCCAAUCGCCCUGGUCUGUCAGAUGCUGGACCAAGUGGGGAUCUCAAUAUUCCUGAGCCACCCCCUCUUCCACAACAAAACCUACACACUGUUACACUACACACUACACACCAAGUUAGAUCAAAUUCAACAAUUAUAUCUUCUACGUAUAAGCGUGCCGCUAGCACAUCCAAUCACUGUAUAUUUGUUAAUUGUUUUGAAACAGAACGUUUACUGAUACCCUCAUCUAUAAAGAAUCUGUUAUUACUUAAUUAUAAAUUAUAUGUGCCACCGGCAGCACGAAUCUGUCGUCACCACCUGAAUCAUGGCCGUUGGAGCGAAUUAUCUUCCCAGUUAAGAGAUUUUACCGGUAGUCAAUUCGACACAAUUAUGAAUAUGAUGCAGCGAGCUGCCUAUUACCAUAUAGAUUUCUCAAAUAUUUUAAUUAUGCCUGCAUAUUUGUGUCAGUUUUGGCUUGGCAUGAACUCUGAUCAGUUUUAUGAUUUGUUAAACUGUAUCCCAAGUCUAGCAGGACAAGUACCAAAUGCCACGAUUGCUUUAAGUAUUUACUUACUUAAGCUGAGAACUGGGGAUAGUAAUGAAAGGCUGGCAACUCUCUUUAAUAAAUCUCGUGUCACCUUAGAACGCUUAAUGAAUAAGGCCAGAGAGUGUUUAAUUAAUGAUUUUGUUCCAUUAUACUUAGGAUUUAAUCAUAUGACUGUUGAAGAUGUUGCUUCUAGAAAUAGAAUAAUACCAGAAGGAUUAUUUGGUAAUCCUGAUUUGCCACCUAAUUCUAAACCAGCAAUAGUCAUAUGUGAUGCUACUUAUGUAUUUAUCCAAAGUAGUUCUAAUUACUUAUUUCAAAAACAAACAUACAGUUUGCAAAAAUUGGAUAAUUUGGUCAAACCAUUUAUUUUCUUGUGAUGGUCAUAUUGUGGAUUGCCUCGGGCCAUACAAGGCGACCACUAAUGAUGCUUCAAUUACAAGUUUAAACUUAUGUAAUGAGGAAUCUUGUUUAAGAUCAUUUUUCCGAAGGGGUGACAUUUUCAUCCUUGAUAGAGGAUUUAGGGAUGUAAUUAAUGAACUCCAAAGGUAUGGCUUUGUAGCACAUAUGCCAGAGUCUCUACUUGAGAAUGAGCAUCAAUUAACAACCCAGCAGGCAAAUCGAUCUCGUUUUGUUACUAUGUGCCGCUGGGUUGUAGAAGUGGUUAAUGGGAGGGUGAAAAGGGAUUUUAGACUCUUUCGUCAUGUUUUUAACAAUAGAGCGGCUUUGCACCUAAAGAAUGAUUUUAGAAUCUCUUGUGCCCUAAUUAAUAAGUUUCAUGUUGUUAUAGAAAACCCACCUGAAGCCUUGGAAUAUGUAAGAAUUGCUAAAGAUAGGCUUUCACUAGAGAACCAUUUAGCAACUUAUGUUGAACAGGCAAAUCUCAAUAGAAGGAGAGUGAAUUUUCAGAUGAUUAACAGCAAUAAUCCACAUUUAGAUAGAUUUCCUCAAUUGACAAUAACUGAUUUAAAACGGUUAGCUCUUGGGACCUACCAACUCAAACAGGCUACAUCUUAUUAUGGGGAACACAUCCGUCAGACUGGUAUUUAUUCAAUUGAGGUGAAUAAUACUCUUGAUGAUGAUGUACCUUUGAUAUUAGGGCUUAAUAAUUAUCUCUUAAGAGGUAGGAUUAAAUCUAGACAUGUCAACAGUCGUACUUAUCACACGUAUUUAUUGAUUAGCAAAGAUGAUGCUGUGGCUAACACAUUAGAUACCAUAGUAGGCUAUUGCUGCAGCUGCCUCAUCGGUAAGCGAACAGUUGGCUGCUGUGCUUAUAUAAUGACGAUAGUGUGGUAUUUGAGCUGGGGACGGUAUAAUGACGUAACUGCGCCGGCAUCGGCUUUAGAUAAUUUUUUUCAGGAGUAUGAUGAAUGAAUGAUUUAAGUAAAUGUAUAUUAAAUAAAAUAUAAAAUAUUUUAUUUAAUAUACAUUUUGAUUUCUUAUAUUUACACGAACACUACACAUUGAAUAAAACUAUUUUUACGGAUUUUAUCGCGUUUUAAUAACUUAUUUUAUAUUCCCGACGAUUCGGUUGUUUUCCAGCAACCGUGGUCACGGGGGACUGAGGUAGGUGAUUGACGUCCCGAUGUCAGAGUUAAACCGGAGUACCUUCAGCUUUUUUAAUUAAUAAUUUUAGUCCGAUUUACACAGAAUGAUAGUUGAACGAUAGUGUCUUGAAGUUUUGCAGUGGUAUGCUUGGGUUUAGUUUUAAUUUUAUGAAUUACAUAAUCCCAAGCAGGUGGUAGUACCCAGCCUAAUAGUAUUUUAAGAUUAUUAAAGGGUUAUUGUUCAAGACGCUCUCUAGACUCCAUGAGCGUGUUUUUCAGUCUGGUCACCCUUAUGUUUAUGUUAUAUUGAUAUUAGUUUGGUAGUGUAAUCACAGUAAUCAUCAUUACAGCCCCUCACAAGUCCACAGCUGAUUAUAGGCCUCCUCAAAGCCCACACAAGCCUCGAGCAAGCAGUCUCACAGGUGGUGUUUAGUGGGUAGGCACUUAGGUUUCGCAGUGAGUCCCACAUAACCACGCAGCCGGCUGUCGUGGUAUGCUUAGAGCAUUCACCACCUCCCUUCCCGCUUCCCGGAGGGUAGCCCUUUUCAUUGCUUCUGGGCGC